UCUAUUUUUAAACAUUGGCUUUUUCAUUGAAUUAUUUUUAGAAUUGGACUUUCCAUAUUUUGUUACUAAAAUUAGCUCCUUUUUAAAGCGAAUAUUAUGGAAUUCUAAUGCAUGACAGUUCUGCAGCACUAUAUACCUUAUAUAAAUACUGCACACGUGCGGUAUGAUCAGUGAGGCAUGAAAUCUAUUUUUAAACAUUGGGUUUUUUAAAGCGAAUAUUAUGGAAUUUCAAUAUAUAAUUAGAACUGGGAUUUUUUUUAUAAGUGCCAUCUUUAGAGUAACACGUCUGAGCAUGUCAGUUUUAAAUGAUGCUUUUACAUACACAUAAACUACAUGGCGUUAUAUUUUUUUUGUGAAGCAGACGACAAAAUACCUGCAGUCAAAAUAGCUUAUGUUUAAUAUAGCGUGGAGCGGCACGCGCAACUACCCGAUCUAAUAUAAAGAGGGUGUAAUACUAUCGUCUGUCAUAUAAUGACAAUUAACCGUCUUAAAUGUUCAGCGGUAGAUUGCCUAACGUUGUGCAACAGUUUAACUGGGAAACCAAAUAUAUUUUUUAGGGAAACCAAAACCUAUGACUGCUUUAAACCAGUGUUAUCCAGAUUUAAUUAUUAAAUAGGUUCUGCUCAAACAAAACUGAUUCAAUUGAGUCUGGGAAGUUGGAGAGCUAACAUCUUCAGUGUAUUGUGCAGACGACAAGAAAAUACUUUAAACGUUACAGUACCUUUACAGCAAUAUCGAAGAUGAAUAGAAAACCAUUAGAAAGUAUUCACACGGUGGCAGACCUGGAUGCGUGGGUCGAGGCAAAUAACAUUUCGAAAGAUGAUCCUGAUAUUAGCUUACAUAGACUUCAAUUAAUGGCUGAAGAAGUAACAAAAUAUGAAGCUGUAACAUGUGGAUUCUGUGCAAAGCGGUUUGUACAAAGAUCAAGCUUACUUCGCCACAUCAGAACUGUUCACGGAAAUAGCAGCAUAAACUGCCCGCACUGCCAACGACAGAUGCGACAGCAUGAUGAAAAUAUUCCUCCGAUUCAAUCUCAAACGCAGGGCGCAGAAAACUGUGAGAAGAAAUCUAGCAAAAGAAAAUCGUCUGACCCUGUUGAAGGACCGUGUGAGAAAAAGACUAAUUUAAUAAAGAACGACAAGCAAUGCAACUGGUGCUCAAAGCAGAAAGUUUUGUUACCUGGUAAACCCUUCUGCAAAACUUGUGGCGACAAGGGCAGGGAAUGCAAGUGGUGCCAUCGCCCAUUACCAGAACGUUUUUUCAGUAAAAGGGCUGAUGUUUGCGACAGUUGUGUAAAAAGGCGUGAACACUGGAAAAAUAAAAGUCAGCACGGAGCUGGCAGGACAGCCCUAAAUAAUACAGCAGAGACAACAACAUUAGAUCCCUCGCCAAAUAAUAUAUGGGAUGUUUUACAAUAUUUUAAAGACUCUCAGAAUUCAAUUGAAGACAUUCUAAUCAACAGGCUGGAACGACUGAAAUGUAUGAAAUGGUUCAUGACGUUAUUUGUUAAAUUUGUGAAAUACAAUCAAAACAAUGAAGCCGUUUAUGCUGAGCCUGUAUUUAGAUCCUCCAGCUUUGGAUGUACAAAUGCUUCUCAAAUUGAGGAUCAAAUCGCCGGGGCUUUCCAAGAUUUACAUAAUGGUUACCAAAACUUUGAAAGGGAUGGUAGUGGGUGGUCUAUUGACGUAAUUAUUAAACUCGAGGUCAAUACAGCAGAGUAUGCACCCUUAGAGGGAAGCAGUUACCUACCUUUACCUAAGAAAGUACAAGAUAAAAAAGCAGUACUCAAUAUAAGAAAUCACGAUCAGAAAUGCUUCAUCUGGUCAAUUCUCGCAGCAGUACAUCCUGUCACAAACACAGAAAGUCAUAAUCCAGAUCGUGUUAGCCACUAUAAGCAGUUUGAACACGAAUUAAAUAUAGAUGGUCUCGACUAUCCUGUACCUAUUUCUCAAAUUUCAAGGUUUGAAAAGCAAAAUAACAUUUCAAUUAAUGUGUUUGGUUUAGAUAACGACGAAAUAUACCCCCUUCAGAUAACUGAUCAAAGAAACAUGCCCAAGCACGUUAAUCUCCUACUCUUUUCAAGAGGAGAUGUUAGACAUUAUUGUUUGAUUAGAAAUAUGAGUCGUCUGUUAGGAGACAGAACAUUGCAUGAUGGGCAAACAUAUUACUGCAAUUACUGUCUCCACGGAUUUACUACCCCUGACUUACUUAAUGAUCAUGUACCAUACUGUUCUCCACAUGGAGCACAAAGAGUAAGUUUCCCAAAGUCAGAAGACAAACAAUGGGUUCAGUUUACCAGUAUUCAUAAGCAGUUGAAAGUACCCUUUGUUAUCUAUGCUGAUUUUGAAAGUUUUGUCCGUCCCAUUGAUUCAUGUACGCCUAACCCAGCUAAGUCAUCAACAACACUAUAUCAAAAGCACGAGGCAUGCGGUUACUCUUUUCUGGUAAAAUGCGCUCACGACGAGAUGUCAAAGCCUGCGGAAGUAUAUAGGGGGUCUAAUGUCAUUGACAACUUUUUUAAACGUUUAAUACAAGAAGAGAAAGAAAUAUGCGAACUCUUAAAACAGGUCAAACCUAUGAAACUCACUUCAAGUCAAGAAAAGUCAUUUGAAAUGGCUGAAAAUUGUCAUAUUUGUGAAGAGCCCCUGGAUGAUGAUAGAGUUCGUGAUCAUGACCAUUUGUCUGGAGAGUACAGAGGUGCUGCUCAUAGGGACUGUAAUUUACAAUUCCAGUUCAGGCAAGGGAAAAGUACACAUAGUUUUUACAUUCCCGUGAUUUUUCACAACUUGAGGGGUUACGACAUGCACCAUUUAAUGUCCGCCGCGGGCAAGUUUAAAGACAGACAAAUUUCCUGUAUUCCUAAUAAUAUGGAAAAAUACAUUUCCUUUUCAAUGGGGAAUUUAAGAUUUAUUGAUUCCCUUCAAUUUCUGAAUGCUUCAUUAGAUACAUUAGUGUCCAAUGUAGCAAAAGAAGGCAGCCAUAAAUUUCCAAACACAACAAAACAUUUUCCAGAUCCUCUUCAUCAAACCCUUCUACUUCGUAAAGGCAUAUUCCCGUAUGACUUCCUCACUUCACCCGAUUGCUUUCAGCAACCACAUCUACCCACAAAAGAGCAAUUCUACAACAAAUUAAAUGAUAAUAAUGUAAGCUCCGCAAAUUAUGAGCAUGCUCAAAAAGUUUGGCAGACAUUUAAUAUGAACAACUUUGGGGAAUACCAUGACCUAUACUUAAAAACUGAUGUUUUGCUUUUGGCAGACGUGUUUGAAAACUUCAGAUCAUUGUGUUUAGAGUCCUAUCACUUAGACCCGGCACAUUACUAUACGUCCCCUGGGCUUGCAUGGGAUGCCAUGCUUAAAAUGACAGGUGUUCAACUGCAGUUACUGGAUGACAUUGACAUGGUCCUCAUGAUUGAACAGGGAAUUAGGGGUGGGGUGUCUAUGAUUUGUAAAAAAUAUGCUAAAGCCAACAAUCCUCUAGUCUCCGACUUUGAUCCGUCAAUGCCUAAAACAUGGAUUUCGUAUCUAGAUAUGAAUAAUUUGUAUGCAGUCAGUAUGUCUGACCCUCUGCCAAAGGAAGAUUUUACUUGGUUAUCAGAAGAACAAAUUCAGUCCCUAAAUAUAUCAAACAUAGCUGACAAUGCACAGACUGGGUAUAUUUUGGAGGUGGACUUAGACUAUCCUAAUGAUCUACAUGACAAAGAUAGUGACCUGCCUGUGGCGCCCGAGACAUUAACCGUGACAAAUGACAUGCUGUCCCCGCAUUCCCAACUGUUACGUCAGAAGCUAGGGUUAAAAGAUAAACCCUGUAAAAAGCUUGUACCUAACUUAAGGUCAAAAACCAAGUAUGUGGUCCAUUAUAGGAAUUUGAAAUACUAUCUGUCACAUGGUCUCAAGCUAACAAAAAUACAUCGCGUUCUAGCGUUCACUCAGUCUGCUUGGCUCAAACCUUACAUUGAUUUUAACACACAGAAACGUAAGAUGGCCACAACUGCAUUUGAUAAAGACUUUUAUAAGUUAAUGAAUAAUGCUGUGUUUGGAAAAACAAUGGAAAAUAUGAGGAAAAGAAUUAAUGUAGAGCUAAUCAACACUUCAAAACGGCUGAGAAAAGUAUGUGCCAAACCAAACUUUCAGUCUUUUAAAAUAUUUAAUGAUGAUUUAGUCGCCGUCAACAUGAGAAAGACAAACAUUGUCUUAAAUAGACCCAUUUAUGCAGGAUUUUGUAUUCUAGAUCUUUCCAAAAUAUAUAUGUACAAGUUCCAUUAUGAAUUCAUGAAGGCUAAGUAUGGGAAUAAAGCUCAUCUUCUGUUUACGGAUACAGAUUCUUUAGCAUAUGAACUUACGACUGAUGACUGGUACUCUGACAUGCGUGAAAACCUUGACCUGUUUGAUACAAGCAAUUUUCCAAAGACACAUCCACUUUACAGUGAGACAAACUGCAAGGUCUUGGGGAAAAUGAAAGAUGAAUGUGGCGGCACACCUAUUGAAUCAUUUGUUGGUUUACGCCCAAAAAUGUAUUCCCUUAUGUAUGGGGGAAUGCAAAAACAGACAGCUAAGGGGGUCAAAAAGUGUGUUAUUGAAAAACAGCUGAAACAUGAAGCUUAUGAAAAUUGCUUAUUUCAGCAUAGUACAAUGCAACAUUCCAUGAACAUGAUAAGAAGUUACAAUCAUCAGUUGUAUAGUGUUACAGUUUCAAAAGCCACUCUCUCUCCUUAUUACAAUAAACGGUAUGUCUUGGACUCAGGAAUAGACACGCUCGCGCAUGGCCAUUUUAAAAUAAAAUCAUGAACCAUUUCAAACCUUGUUUUGAAUGUAUAUUUUAAUAUGUUUAAUUUUCUGUAUAUAUUAUGUGAAUUAUAUGUUACUGUAUGCUAAAACUACUGUUUGUAUUCAUACGGUAAAUCAAUAAACAUGAUAAAUUUAACAAAGUUGUUA